UUUUAAACUCGGCCCUCCGUAUUCCUUUAAUAUGUUCGUACAAGGAUAACUCUGUGGCGGGGAGAUCUCACAUUUCAGAUAGUUCCAACUGCCCCCCGCCACUUCAGGCGUCUGCUGUGUGUGGUGAGAAAUGACUCCAGGAAAUUAAUGGAUUUACAUCCCUGAAGAGUCUGCUUUUUUCCCCACAAUUUUUUCCCCUGCAGUAAUAAAUCCCAUUAUGGAGACCCAGAAACUUUAUAAAGGGAUAUAGUUUGAAUUUUGUGGAGUGUAAUUUUGUGUAUGAAUCAUAUUUUUAAAAUAUGGAGGGUUUUGAGAAAGAAGGCUAGUAGGAUUAAGUACUCGUAUGUUGCAUCUAAGAAGUAAUUCUUUGGUAAUACUGUAUUUUUUAGGCAUUUGCAAUAACUGUAGAAAGGACAAGCUGUAUCUUGAUGAUUUAUCUUUAAUUACAGAAUGAAUGGUAUAGAUGCCUGAUUCUUAAAUGAAAGACAUGUUGUCGAAGUUGUAAAUGCAGUAUAAAAAGUUUCUAUUGUGGAAGUUUUAUGGUUAACUGAGUUUAUGGAGAAAAUACUCUUGGUUAAGUAUAGUAAAGUGAUACACAAAGUUAAAACAUACUGCAGGAAAUGGAAACAUAGACCAUAUUUGACAAAAAUGGAAGAAUUAACAGUUUAUGAGCUUUAAGCAAGUCAUUUCAUUUGACAUUGUACAUAUUAUAACACACAUAGGUUCAACAUAGUUUGUGGGUUUUUGACGUCCCCAAAAGUUGUUAGCUGAAGUUAUAGAGCCCACUAAGUACAUGCUAUGGUGAUAAGCUAUGUGAAAUUAGCCUUCAUGUAAUGUGACCAUAUUAAGACUUUAAUUCUUUGUGUUUACUAGAAAAUAAGAUUUAAAAAAAACUCAUUAAAGUGCUUUUAGGGAAAGAAGCCUGCAGAUGUUUAUUUCCUCUUGUAGCAUCAUAGUAAUUGGUUUGAUAUCCCGUCUUUGUAGCUUGAAGCAAGAGCAAAUUAAAGGCAUAAUUUAGGUAUUCUAUAGUUUACAAUUUUGGGAAUAGAAACCUUGAAAAAUCAACAUUUUUAGGGGUGUGUUAACUUCUUUCAGCCAUUAGGUUAGCAUUACACCAAAUAAUGAGCAAAUAGCACUUGAGUUUCAUCUAAAAGAGUUGAUACCAUCUCAAAGAGUACUAAAUAUUAUCUUGGUAAUUUAGGAAGAGAGAAAUUCAUCCUACUUUAGUGUAAACUUAGGUGUAAAUUCAGUGAAGAAGGUGUAGUGAUUUGGUUUUUUUUAUGGUAAACUCGUGUGAAGAGAUGAGAAAUUUCACGUGAAAGUUUUUAGCUAUCAAAAAGUAAAAUCACUCAUGCACAAAACUACCUCCCAAAGACUUGUCCCAGGUCCCUCGUAUCAAAAAUUGAGAGUGUAAUGGAUGAUAGGGCAAUCUUAUCAAAUUGGACAGUUGGCAGCAAACAAAAAAUGAAAUAUGAUUUUUCAUGUGAACUGUACCGAAUGUCUACGUACUCAGCUUUCCCUGCCGGUGUUCCUGUUUCAGAAAGGAGUCUUGCUCGUGCUGGUUUCUAUUACACUGGUGUGAAUGACAAGGUCAAAUGCUUCUGUUGUGGCCUGAUGCUGGAUAACUGGAAGCAAGGAGACAAUCCUGUUGAAAAGCAUAAACAGCUGUAUCCUAGCUGUAGCUUUAUUCAGAAUCUGGUUUCUGUUGCUAGUCUGGAAUCCACCUCUAACAAUACUUCUCCAAUGAGAAGCAGUUUUACACAUUGUUUGUCUCCCAGUUUGGGACUUAGUAGCUCAUUCAGUGAUUCAUAUUCCAACCUUUCGCCAAACCCUGUUAAUUCUAGAGCAGUUGAAGACUUCUCCCCAUUGAGGACUAACCCUUACAGUUAUGCAAUGAGUACCGAAGAAGCCAGAUUUCUUACUUAUCAUAUGUGGCCAUUAACCUUCUUGUCACCAUUAGAAUUGGCAAGAGCUGGCUUUUAUUACUUAGGACCCGGAGAUAGGGUGGCCUGCUUUGCCUGUGGUGGGACACUAAGUAACUGGGAGCCGAAGGAUGAUGCCAUGUCAGAACAUCGGAGACAUUUCCCCAAUUGUCCGUUUUUGGAAAAUUCUGUGGAAAUGCUGAGAUUUAGCAUUUCAAAUUUGAGCAUGCAGACGCAUGCAGCAAGACUGAGAACAUUCGUGUGCUGGCCCUCCAGUGUACCAGUUCAGCCUGAGCAGCUUGCAAGUGCCGGUUUCUAUUAUGUGGGUCGCAAUGAUGAUGUCAAAUGCUUUUGUUGUGAUGGUGGCUUAAGGUGUUGGGAAUCUGGAGAUGACCCGUGGGUAGAACAUGCCAAGUGGUUUCCAAGAUGUGAGUUCUUGAUACGCAUGAAAGGGCAAGAAUUUGUUGAUGAGAUUCAAGCUAGAUAUCCUCACCUCCUUGAACAGCUCUUGGCAACUUCUGAUGCUCCUGGAGAUGAAAAUGUUGAUCCACCAAUUCAUUUUGGACCUGGAGAAAGUUCUUCCGAAGAUGCAGUCAUGAUGAAUACGCCUGUGGUUAAAGCUGCCUUAGAAAUGGGUUUCAGUAGAAGCUUGGUAAAACAGACAGUUCAGCAUAAAAUCCUAACAACUGGAGAGAAUUACAAAACAGUUAAUGAUGUUGUGUCAGCACUUCUUAAUGCUGAAGUUGAAAAAAGAGAAGAGGAGAAGGAAAGACAAACCGAAGAAAUGGCUUCAGAUGAUUUGUCAUUAAUUCGGAGGAAUAGAAUGGCUCUCUUUCAGCAGUUGACGUGUGUGCUUCCUAUCCUGGAUAAUCUUUUAAAGGCCAAUGUAAUUAAUAAACAGGAACAUGAUAUUAUUAAACAAAAAACACAGAUACCUUUACAAGCAAGAGAACUAAUUGAUACCAUUUUAGUUAAAGGAAAUGCUGCUGCCAACAUCUUCAAAACUUGUCUAAAAGAAAUUGACUCUGCAUUAUAUGAGAAUUUAUUUGUGGAAAAGAAUAUGAAGUAUAUUCCAACAGAAGAUGUUUCAGGUCUGUCACUGGAAGAACAGUUGAGGAGACUGCAGGAAGAACGAACUUGUAAAGUGUGUAUGGACAAAGAGGUUUCCAUUGUGUUCAUUCCUUGUGGUCAUCUGGUAGUAUGCCAAGAAUGUGCCCCUUCUCUAAGAAAAUGCCCUAUUUGCAGGGGUAUAAUUAAGGGUACUGUUCGUACAUUUCUCUCGUAAAAGAAAAAUAGCUUUUAUUUAGCCUAUAUAUUAAAAAAGGCUUUAAAAUAGUGUUAUACAUUUGAAGUAAAAAAGGAAUUACUGGUUCUAGUAACAUUUGUGUUCUACUCUGCUUUGGUACUAGUAGUCGUUUAAAAAAAAUAGUAUCAUAUAUCAUACUUAACCUUAAUCUCUGUUUAUAUGAAAGGGAGGAUUUAUGUAUGAACUCUAUUAGUGUACAUGUGUGAAUGUAGGAUAAAUUCAAGGAGAGUGUCAGGGCUAUUUUAUCAUUUCUAGAGUGAAUAGAUUUGGUAUUCUCUCUGAAGACUUUCAGUACUACAUUAAAGUCCAAUUUAAAAGAACUGGAAACCAGGAACUCUGCAGUUGAUCAAAGUUAUGGUGCCAAAAUCUCUUUGGUGUUUUUUCAUUUGUGUUGUAAAAUAAGGAUUUUUUUUUCCUUAUUGGUAAAUAAGCUUUUCCCUAGUUUGUGAGAAACAUCUUAAUAAACUUCUUUAAAAAAGA